CUCGACAGUGCUGCCACCGCGCCGCGCCUUCCACCCCUAACCUCCCUACGCUCUGCAGAAUCCCGAGUACCUGCCGUCGCGGUAUGGGAUCGAUAGUAGUCAGCGACUUUGGUGGAAACCACUUUCACAACACCAUGUUUGGCGGGCAUCCGCAGACGCAAGAGUCGCCUGCUGCCCAUCACACCACCGCGCGCCCGUCGCCUGCAGUGGCCGCCAACCCGCCGACGCGAGUUGUGGCUUCGCAGACGGAUGUUGCCAUGACCGACUCGGGAGCCCCGCCAUCGAGCUCAACACCCGCCCAACGCCCGCAACAGCACAAUCCUGCAGAGCCCAGCGCGCAUGGCUCCGUCUCUCACCAGCAUCCGCCGGCGCCUCUCAGAACGCACUCGCAGCAGCCCACCCCAUCGGCACAACCUGCAGCUGAUGCUGCGGCAGACCCAACUCGGCGCAUCAAGGUGAAGAGCCUGUCCCACAUCCAGAGCUUCGCCAUCGACGAGUCCAGCCCAUUCUCUCAGACACGCUCCCUGUCGCGACGCCAGCGACGUGACCCCACAGACGUUGGGCCCCAGUAUGAGAUCAGCGACAUGCCCGUUUCAGACAUCAUCGAGAUGGUGGCCGGGUUGCUAACCAAAAUCACUACCACCAACGAUCGCCAGCACGAUCAUCUGCACCGCCAGAUCCCACCGCCUGAAGGUACCUCGGGAUUGAGCCAGCAGACCAGCAGCGUGCUGGCUUUCCACGGCAAGAACGUACCUAGCAUCUCCAUCCUCAGCUAUCUCAGCCGAAUUCAUAAAUACUGCCCUACCACAUACGAGGUGUUCCUUAGUCUUCUGGUCUACUUCGACAGGAUGACUGAGAGAGUCAACGCUGGACCAAUGAUGAGCCUCCGUCAGGCUAACCAGCAAUCACUGGAGCGCGCAAACUCCACAGCAUCUACAAAUACCGACUCCACAGCAGCCCAGCAGGCUCCGUCUGUCAAAGUACAGGCUACGACACCGCCACCCUCUGGUUCUCUUGGCAGAUCGUCUCAACCCCAAGUAUCAGGAGUUCAGCCACCAUCCCCGCCUCAGCAAGACCUAGAACCUGAUACAUACAACCUAUCACACUUCUUCGUUGUUGAUAGCUUCAACAUUCACCGACUCGUGAUAGCUGGUGUUACAUGUGCUAGCAAAUUUUUCUCUGACGUCUUCUACACAAACUCGAGAUACGCAAAGGUUGGUGGCCUGCCGUUGGUCGAACUCAACCAUCUAGAGCUACAGUUUCUGCUGCUGAACGACUUUCGCCUAGCUGUCCCAUUGGAAGAAAUGGAGGCUUACGGGACAAUGCUGGUCGAAUUCUACGCGCGAGAAGUAGCGGAACAACACGAGAGACAGACAGGAGGAAGUCAGUGAUUGCGCAGCUGUACAUCGCGGAGAGCGCGCACGCUGACGGAGGCGAUGAAACGGUUAACAUUCACGACAUGUGCUGGGCCUGCAGGAGUAGGCCCGCCACUUUGAAUCGAGGGCACUGCAUAGAGCAGGCAGUUUCUGAUUGCAAUUUCAUAGCAGGACACGAACUGCAAGAAGAUACCACAAGAGUUUAGCUUCUACGAAGUGCUGCUUUCCUGGCGUUCGGUGGGUGGAACGAUGGCUCGCCGGAGUCUUCAUUGCAUGAAUUCAGUCUCUUUUGGGCUUGUUCAAGUUGGGACGACUCGACAAGCUUGGCUUAGGGGUCUUGAUGAAGCCAGGAUGCGGCUUCAUGACGAGAUCACAGCGACGGGCUUUCUUUGAGCAAUACAUCCGUUUCUUGUUUU